AUGUCCACAAAACGUCGAGAUGGUAGAAGUCAUGGUGCCUUGCGCCAAUUAACAUGCGAACUCUCCUCCCUCCAACGUGCGGACGGGUCGGCCCUGUGGAAAUGUGGAUCCACCCACGUCUUGGGUGCCGUGUACGGACCCAUUGCUCCUUUGAAUAUGGCCAAAGAACAAGAAGAAUCGAUAGUUACCGUGCUGAUAAAGUCGGGAAAAUCAGAAGAAGUUACCGACGAACACAAAACAUUCUUGACCAAAAUUUUGACAAAUUGCAUUGAUGUGGCCAAGUAUCCAAGGACCGUGGUCCAGGUGGUCUUGCAAAUUAUUCAAUCGGAUGGAUCUUUGGUUUCGUGCUUGUUACAUGCAGCAGUGGCUGCCUUGAUGGAUGCCGGAGUCGAGUUGCUAUAUUUGCCUGUGGCCACCACCUGUCUCGUCUUUGGUAGCAACAGUAGCAAUUCCAUAUGGUUGGACCCCAUGGCGGCAGAAGAGGAGGAAGAUAAUGACAAUGCGAUUGUUACCUUGGUCAACAAUUCGAGGCAACCGAAUAAAGUAUUGGGAAGUCAUACGAUAGGAACCUCGGGGAUAUCAUUGAAUCAGUUCCUUGCCUGUCAACAAGUGGCAACCAAGGCUUGUCCAGCCAUACCGGCGUUUUGGAGGCUGGCCAUUGAACAAAAAGUACAAAGAGAAUCUCAAACUCUUUGGGCAAAUUAG